UGAAUAACAGUAGGGUGGUCAGUCCUCCUGCAGCAGCGGCUCCAGCACCAGCACCAGCAGCACCCCAGCUCGCCACUCUCUCUCGGUGCUGCCUUAGUGAGCUGGCAGCACUAAUAGCGGCAAGAGUACAAGUGCUAAUACAGACUCAGACUCGUUGACUUGUCCUGCCAUUCCCAGUGUUUGGAUAAUUCCUUUGGGACUUAGUGCGUUGGUUGGUUUCUCUCGUUGUUUUCAAGCCGUCACAGCCACAGCCACAGCAAAGCCACCAUGAGGGAAUACUACUCAAUGAUGUCCCGUCUUAAUGGCGUGAACGGCUACAACGGCUGUGGGGAGCUGAACGGUCCUGGAGGCGGCUCCGGCUGCUGGACGAUUGGCCUUAUCAACGCCAAGGCAAAGUACCUCACUGCAGAGACCUUCGGCUUCAAGAUCAACGCCAAUGGAGUGUCCCUGAAGAAGAAGCAGAUGUGGACCCUGGAGCCCGCUGAGAAGGACCUGAUCGCCUUCAAGUCUCACCUGGACAAAUACCUCUCCGUGGACCAGUAUGGGAACGUGACGUGCGAGAGUGACGAGCGGGAUAUGACGUGCAUGUUCGAGGUGUCCGUGACGGAUGACGAGCACGGGCGGUGGGCGCUGAGGAACGUGACCCGCGGCUACUUCCUGGGCGCCGCAGGGGACAAGCUGAUCUGCACCGCUAAGGUUCCCACCGACGCGGAGCUCUGGACCAUCCACCUGGCGGCCCGCCCUCAGGUAAACUUACGCUCCCUGGGCCGCAAACGCUAUGCCCACCUGAACGAGGAGGGCACUGAGAUCGAGGUGGACGCCAACGUGCCAUGGGGCGAGGACACGCUCUUCACGUUGGAGUUCCGUGACCACAAGUACGCCAUCCACACCUCCAACAACCGCUACCUGCACAUGGACGGGAAGCUGGUGCCGGGCUGCGAGCGGGAGUGUCUCUUCUGCCUCGAGUACCACCACGGCUCCCUCGCCCUCAGGGACUACCGGGGUCAGUACCUCAGUCCCAUCGGCUCCCGCGCGGUGCUCAAGACCCGCUCCAACUCAGUCACCAAGGACGAGCUGUUUGCCCUCGAGGACUCGCUGCCACAGGCCUCUUUCAGCGCCCUCCUCAACGCCCGCUACGUGUCCGUCAAGCAGGGUGUGGACGUGACUGCCAACCAGGAGGAGAUUUCCCAGCACGAGAAGUUCCAGCUUGAGUAUGACGGGUCCACGAAGCGCUGGUAUGUGCGGACCAUGCAGGACAAGUACUGGACACUGGAGGCGGGCGGCGGCAUCCAGGCCAACACCACCAAGCCGACCUCCAAUGCACUGUUCAACUUCCAGUGGCAGCCCGAUGGCUCCGUGGCCUUCCAGGCUAACAACGGCAAAUAUGUGGCCAUCAAGAAAUCUGGCCACCUCUUUGCCAACGCUGACAGUCCUGAUGAGGAGAAUGCUCGUUUCCACUUCUACCUCAUUAACAGGCCAGUGCUGGUGCUGAAGGGCGAGCAAGGCUUUGUGGGGUACAAGACGUCUUCCAGCUUCAAGAUGGAAUGCAACAAGGCUAACUAUGAGACCAUCAGGGUGGAGCGUGGGGAGCAGGGACAAGUCUUCUUUAGAGGUCAGCAGGGAGGCUACUGGCAUGCCUGCGGUGACGGCAUCAUGGCCGACUCCGAGUCACCCGAGGGCUUCUUCAUUGAGCUUCGCGAGGCAACCCGCAUGUGCAUCAAGAACUCCUCUGGCCAGUAUAUCAUCACAGAGAAGAAUGGAGGCUUCAAGCUGGGAGACACGGACCCCUCCCGCGCCACACUAUGGGAGUUUUGAGGUGGCUGGCCAGUGUGGGGUCAUGAAGGGGUGAGAGGUCCUCCAGCCUGGCCUAGAGUACAGAGGAGGCAGGGGUAGCAUUAGCAUCACAUUAAAUGAUCUUUUAUGGUAAGGUUGUAGAUGUUUGAGAAUUUGUUUCAAUGCUGAAUUUGAUUUUGGGGCAGAUUGGCAACAUCCCAUCCAACCAUAUAAAUUUAGUGAUGUCCUGAAGGAUGAUGAUACCGCUCAGUAGGUGUAAUUAGAAUGUAAGAUAUUUUGUGAUGUUCUUUUCAUUGUUGUUGCUAACUACUGAUCUGCCCAUUUUUUGGUCAAUUAAGAGGGAAAAUUUUUUUUUACUUUUAUACCAAUGAACUGAGUUAGAAUCUUGAAACUUGGUAGUACGAUUACUUACUGAUCAUCGACAAAGACACUCAGUAACUAGGUAAUGCUGUAGUCUUAAGGAAAUUGUGUUACGAAAUCCACCAAUAAGGAAUUCUCACAUGGGUCUUGCUGCUCUGUGUCUCGGCUCAGUAGUCCUCGGACCCUUGGAUGGGUAGUCGGUGGAGAGGCACUGGAGGUCCGCACAACCAAAGUAUCUACGUCUUUAUAUCUGUCCCUGUACAAUUAACCUGAAGCCUUGCUGUAUGUAGAUAUCAUUAUUAUUAAUAUUGCUUCCACAUGUCCCUAAGCUAAGUCAAAUAAUCUUGUACUUAAUUAUACUUUUUUACUCUUUCUACUUGCGACAGAUGACUGAUUGAUUUGUGGGAAUAUAUGAUUGACAUGUCUUACUGAUACAUUUACUACUAAUAUAUUAUCUAUAUGACAUAUUAGCAGGAUUUUUCAUGAUUUUAUAAGGAGCAUUUUGUGAUAGUCCAGUCCCAGCGUCGUGCACCACCUAGCUCGUGUAGUGAUGUAGACAACAAAGGCUUGCUUAUCAGAGGCUGCUGGUGGCACUGUAACUUGUGCACUAAAAAAUAUUAAACUGUUGUACUGAAUGUUACUGAACUUGAAGUCUUUUCCAUGGUAGGAAAUGUUUGUCUCAUUGUCAGAGUUUGGAAGUUUUCAGCAGUCAACAUUUCUAAAUAUCUUGUUAAUAAGUUGGUCAGUCACUUAUGCAAAGCCACUAUUACAGUGUAACAAACAAUUGGGGUGCUUUAGUAAUAUUUGCAUGUACAUUUUUUAACACAACAAACCAUUUUCAGGAAAUAAAGCCACAGCAGUGAGUGUGUGUGUGCUUGUGUGUGUGUGUGUGUGUGUGUGUGUGUGUGUGUGUGUGUGUGUGUGUGUGUGUGUGUGUGUGUGUGUGUGUGUUUUAUACCUACAUCUGUGUCAGUCACUGCCAGGUGCUUGCUCAAGGUCCUUUGCAUUUGCCAGAUUAAAUUUUGAUCAUGACAACCAAUGACUAUAAUAGAUUUCUUUAUAAUAACAUUUGUAAUGGAACUGAAAUCAGUCCCCUGACACAUGCAAUGGUACCAGCAGCCUCCACGCUCUUGGUGUCACAGCCACAGGUCCCACACUGUGGCCACCAGCCAAUGCAUUUAUGGAAGUUAAACCUUGACCCAGGACUGCAUAAGGGGGGUCAUUUAGAGCAGGAAGUCAGCUGUGUCCCUGGACCCGCCUGCCUUUUCUUGAACGAGUACUAUCUCUUGGUGUUUACUGUUCACUCCAUUUAGAUGUUUGUGUGCUAUUCACCAUGUCAUAUUAGCAAGUGUGUCCCUUUUUAACAUGUAUGUCAGAUGUGUAGAGAUAACCCUCAGUGUUGCCAGGCGUGGGAGUGGGGCGGGUCGGGGCACUGCUGACUCCCCCGCAAAAUCCUGCCGGGUGUAGUCUAUUGAUUGUAAGAUGCGCUUUAGGCUAGAUAUAUACUUUAUUUAUUGCAUUAUUGUAUAGCAGUCCGGCAUAUACUGCUUAUUAAUAAAGCUAAGCAGAUUA